CAUCGAAAGUUGCACAACGAGAUGGACACGGAGGUCCCAUUCCUGCUCACCGGCAGCGUGGACGACGCGGGUGACGCGCCGCUCGCCGGAGUCUCCGACUUCCGCGGCCGCCCCGUCUACCGCACCAGCUCUGGCGGAUGGCGCUCCGCCCUGUUCGUCACCGUGCUGGAGAUCGCCAGCAACUUCGCCUCUUUUGGCCUGUCGGCGAACCUCAUCACCUACCUGACAGGGCCGCUCGGCCACUCCACCGCCGCCGCUGCCGCCGACGUGAACGCCUGGACGGGGACAGCUACCCUCAUGCCGCUGCUGGGCGCCUUUGUGGCCGACUCUUGGCUGGGUCGCUACCGAUCCAUCAUCGUGGCCUGCACCCUCUAUGUCGUGGGUUAUGGCAUGAUCACUCUGGUAUCCAGCCUUCCCGAGCUGCCCUCGUCAUCGCUCGACGACGGCGACUUGUCACCCCGCCCAUCGUCGAUGAAGAUCGUCCUCUUCUACGCCUCCAUCUACCUCGUCGCAGUCGCGCAAGGUGCUGACAAGCCGUGCGGCCUGGCCUUUGCCGCCGACCAGUUCGACCCUGGCCACCCCAAGGAGAGCGCCUCCCGAAGUUCCGUCUUCAACUGGUGGUACUUCUCCAUGGCUGUCGGAAUCGCCGUCGCCAUCUCCGUCGUCAGCUACGUCCAGGAGAACGUUGGCUGGGCAAUCGGAUUCGGCUCACUCUGCGCCAUGAUGCUUUGCGCCUUCGUCAUCUUCCUCGCCGGCACUCCCACCUAUCGCCUAUACGCGCCCAACUCCGACGCCGAGAGCCCCUUCGUCCGUCUGGCCCGCGGCUUUGCCGCGCUUGGCAGGAACUCAAGCUUCUCCUUUGGCAGGAAGAGACAUCACCCUGCAGACGAGGAUUCCACGGACAAGGUCCUGUCAGACGAGGCGCGGGCGGUGCUGCGGCUUCUGCCGAUCUGGGCGACGUGCUUGACGUACGGCGUGGUGUAUGCGCAAGUCACGACGCUCUUCAACAAGCAGGGACGCACUCUGGACCGCCGCAUCUUCGGUGGCCUGGAGCUGCCGCCGGCAGCGCUUCAAACGUUCGGGCCAGCAAGCAUAUUGGUGUUCGUGCCCAUCUACGACCGUGUACUGGUGCCCGCCCUGCGGAGCACGACGGGGAACCCAUCGGGGCUGACAUUGCUUCAGCGCAUGGGCACAGGCAUGGUGCUGUCCCUCGCCGCGGUGUCGGUGGCGGCGCUGGUGGAGGCCCAGCGGCUGGAGACGGCUCGCGAGCACGGCUUGGUGGACGAUGCUGGCGCGACGGUACCAAUGAGUUGGGCAUGGCUGGUUCCGCAGUACGUGAUCAUGGGAGUGUCGAAUGUGUUCACGCUGGUCGGGAUGCAGGAGUUCUUCUACGACCAGAUGCCCAGCGAGCUGCGUAGCCUGGGGCUGGCGCUCUACUUCAGCGUGCUCGGCAUCAGCAGCUUCAUCAGCGGCGCGCUGAUAUCGCUUCUUGACCGUGUCACCGCUAGCGGAGGCGGCGACAGCUGGUUCGCCGACAACCUUAAUCGCGCUCACCUCGACUAUUUCUACUGGCUACUUGCCGGUGUCAGUGCCGCCGAGCUAGCGCUUUACCUCUACUUCGUGAGAUCCUACGUGUACAUCCACAAGAGACUCUACUGAGCGAACUAGAACAUAAUAAGCAGUUGUAACCAGAUUGAUGGCCAUGCUUGUGAUGUGUUAACCGUUC